UCAGCUGUUGACAAAUGUUUUUUUUUAUUGCUACACCAGUUCCACCAGCUAUUGUUAUUAUUUUUUUAUGUUUGUGCGUAAGCAUAAUUGAAAUUCAAUUAUAUUGAAAUUGUUAAGAUCACGCCAUAACAAAAGCAAAAACAAGCUCAAAUCCCGCUGAAAGCUAGCUAAAAGCCGCUAAGCGAUGGAACGCGGGAUCAAUUUCCCCAAUGGCGACGACGGAGCCACAGCUUCCGCUCCAGAAAAGACCACAAUGGAGCUCGUGCAGCAGCGCUUUAAAUCGGAUGAGAGAGUUCACCUGAUCUUCGAGGCAUAUCAAAUUAAGGGUCCGGAGCAUGUCGAGGGCUUGUUGACACUGGUGUCAUCAUUAUCAUGCGGCACAUAUGCAAUCAUUUCAUUCAGUCCUCUGCGCACGCCUCUCAGGGCAAGCAAUGAACUAAAAAUAGAUCAAGUAUUUCCGAUUACCAAAAGUUUUCAACUGACGAAAGAUACCAAGGGAUCCAUAACGGAACAACAGUUCGAUUUGUCAACAGACGAUGACGGACCAAUCAAAUACUACUAUCACACCUUUAAGACGGACAUAGAGUCCGUUGAUUAUGAGCAAUUCGUUGCAGAGGUGUAUUCCUGCAAAAGUUUGAUGUGGACGGCUGAAACGCUCAACUUCAUGUGGCUUGAUGAUUAUCGUGAGAUUGGUGACAGAAAGCAGGAGCUAAAGAAGCGUUUACACCAAUGUAUUGUCUAUAAAGAUCUUAUCAUUUACUGCGCCACUUGGAAUGUAAACAACAAGCCAUGCUGGGAUGGCAGCAAUGAGUCGUUGCGCCCUUGGCUGGCCCGCGGUAAGAAUAGUCCCGACAUAUAUGCCAUUGGACUUCAGGAGAUCGAGAAAAUGUCUAAAGUAAUGCUGAACGCCAAUCAGCUGCAAUUACAAUGGGUAACCAGGAUGCUGAGUAACCUUCACGAUGGGAACGAGUAUGAGGAAUAUAAGACGGUUCGAUUGUCAACCAUGAUGUUAACAAUCAUUGUCCGCAAGCGUCUAAGCAAAUAUAUUCUACGUAGCCGCAUUAAUUCAGUGGCACGCGGUGUACUCAAUACAUUUGGCAACAAGGGCGGUGUCGCCGUCAGUCUGGAAUUUAAAGAUGCAAGUAUAUGCUUUAUCAACUCGCAUCUGGCCGCGCAUAUGGAUUAUAUAGUGGAACGCAAUGAAGACUACAAAGGUAUUGAAGAGGGCAUAAAGUUCGGAGACGAUGGCGGGCCGUAUCGCACUAUCAACGAUCAUGAUCAUGUCUUUUGGCUGGGAGAUUUGAAUUAUCGCAUUAGCAAGUCGGAUCAAAUAAGCGAUUGUAACAUAUUAGAUCUACGAUUGCAAAGGGAUCAGCUGCUGGAUGAGAUGAGCAAAGGGAAUUGCUUCAAUGGCUAUACAGAGGGUCAGAUCAGGUUCGAGCCCACAUACAAAUAUGAACCCGGCUCCGAUCGUUAUGACACGCAAAGAGAGCCAGCAUAUUGUGAUCGUGUGCUUUGGAAGGGCAGGCGAAUCGAACAGAUGACUUAUAAUAGCGUUAUGGAGAUACGACAGAGCGAUCAUAAGCCUGUGUAUGCCAUAUUCAAAAUAAAGCUCAAGACGUGUGAUGAGAACAAGCUAAAGCGUGAACAUGAGAAGUGGCUCAAGGACGAGGACAAGCGUGAAAACGAGAGUCAGCCGCAGAUUGUCGCAGAUCCCAUUUUGAUUGAUUUUGGUCUGGUGCGAUUUAACGAGCUAGUUAUACGGGACUUUAAAGUGUCCAAUAAAUGGGUGAAGCAGGUGGAUUUUUUGUUCAAAGUUCAACCCUCAUUAAAUGGCAUCUGUGAGAAAUAUGUGCAUGUGGAUCCGCGUGAUGCCAGCCUCUUGGUCGAAUCGGAACGUUUCAUUAGUAUAAAGUUGAUGAUCGAUCCCAAAAGCGUAUCGAGUCUGCUUAAAAAGAUUUGCGACACAAAAUCCAAAUUUGACUUUGAUGUUCUCAUAUUGCAUGUAAAGGAUGGUCGAGAUAUAUUCAUAACAGCAACGGGUAAAUACCAACCCAGUUGCUUUGGUCUAUCCAUGGAAACGAUGUGUCGCACCGAUCGGCCGAUCAGUGAGUACAGCCAGGAGGAAAUGCGGAGUAUGAUUCUUGAUGUAUCGCCCGAGUACCGUGUGACGAUGCCCCGCGAGUUCUUUCUUCUUAUCGACUAUCUACACAAGCAAGGUGAUAGUUUGCGGGACCUAUUCCAAAGCUACGAUCGCCGGCAACUACUCAGUAGUCAAUUCAAUGCUGUACGCGACUGGCUUGACACUUGGUCGGAGGAAGAAUUUCCGGGUACACCACAAACAGCCGCCGAGGCGUUGUUACUUCUUCUCGAUCUGCCUGAACAGGCGGUAUUGGAGCCGUUUGUGGAUGACCUGAUGAUGUGUAAAAGCAAAUCAGAGGCCAUGGAGUUGAUAGCGCUGCUUAGUCCGCCAAAACGUAACGUUUUCAUGCAUCUGUGCAUGUUCCUUCGAGAGGGUGUUGAACGGAAUAACUACGAACUAUCUAAUGUCGCUGCGAUCUUUGGACGUAUUCUGUUACGCAGCAGCAAAAGCAACAUUACGACAGACUAUCAAAAUCGUUGCACCGAGUUCAUGCGACGCUUUAUUAUCGAAACAGCGGAUCCCGUAGCGGGUGGCAACGGCCAAAGGGUAGCGACCGGAGCGGGUUUGCAGACAUAGUCGAUGACUCUGGGUUGAUCGUAAAAAUAACUGCGAUACGAUUGCAUAUAUUACAUACAUGUAUAUGGAUGUAAAUUAGUUACUUAUUUAUUUUAACUUUAAUUUGAAUGUAUUUGCUUAGUUUUGUUGGUACGCUUAUGAGUAGUUCCUCUAUGGCUUAGCAUUUACGUACAUACAUAUCUGUGUCUGUUCUCUGUUUUACUUGUUAAUUGUUUAUGCACAUUCUUAUCUACAUACAUUCAAUCAUUAAUGCAUAUAAAUAUAACAUAUUAUAAUUAUAUCCUAUGUAUAUUAAUGGGAUAAAAACAGCCUGACGUGUAUCAUGUAUAAUUAAUGGAAUGUUAUCUGGAAAACUUAAAGUGUACAUAUACAUAUAUGUACGUAUGUAUGUUUAUUUAAAAAUAAUCCAUUCAAACGACAAAAACACAUGGCUUCAACUUAAGGUAUUCACAUACAUUUAUACAUAAAUAUGCAUUUUGUUGUUUUUUCGAUUAUUUAGUUAAUAAGUACAUAAUAAUUUACAAGUGAAUUAAACAAAUUUAUGGUAAUAAAACUACCAGCUAAUUAAUAUGAAUUUUCCUUGUCG